GUGUCAACACAGACUGCACAAGCGAGGUGAAUGAAAACAUAAACAAGAAUGGAUGUUCUCAGACCGGAGCUCACGUGGGUGGAUGGAAAAUGCUAUCGUGUGAAUUUCGUUGAUCCAUCAGUAACAAGGGGUGGAGGGGACGAUUUUGAGACGUAUGGUGCGGACAGUUACAGAUAUGAAGAUUCUGAAUGUACAGUUGAUGAUCCAUGCGAUGAAUUUGAAAUUGAAACAACAGAUGGUGGCAGGUUUAGGACAUCAUUCCGAGUACCAAGGGUGUACUUUCCCUAUGUCAUUGGCUCCAAAGGAGCUACUAGAAAACGUCUCGAGACUGAAACAAAAACAAACAUAUGGGUGCCAAAACAAGGAAUGGAUGGUGAUAUUGUGAUAACAGGAAGUGACAAAAAAGGCGUUGCAGCAGCCAGGAGAAGAAUUAACCUUAUUGUUAUGUCAGCACGACAGAAGCAGCCAUUUACACAUUUCAUCUCCAUUCCACUUACAGGGAAUUCAAUUAUAGAAGGCUUUACCAAGUUUAGGGAAGAAGUUUUGGAAUCUUGUAGAAACCGCGGCAUAGAUGCAUCAAUUUUCCAAGUACCAGAGAAGCUACAUUUAACUAUAGGGACAUUAGUUCUUGCAGAUAACGAAGAACGGAAAAAAGCUGGUGAAGUGCUAAAGGAAUGCAAAGACAUUGUUAUAGACCCACUUCUUGGAAAGCGGCCUUUGAAAUUACGUAUGACUGGAGUUGAGUACAUGAAUGAUGAUCCGGCAGAGGUGGAUGUUCUGUAUGGUAAGGUUCGAGUUGAAGGGAGUUCUGAAUACCUGCUACAGGAGCUUGCAGAUGGUAUUGUAGAAUACUUCGCAAAUAGAGGUCUCAUGCAAAAGCAAUAUGAACAAGUCAAAUUGCAUGCAACUGUUAUGAACACAUUAUUUCGUGAGGACAAAGGAGGAGUGUCUGAAACUGAAACAUCAAAAAAGAAACAAAAACCAAGAGAAUCAUUUGAUGCAACAGCAGUACUGAAGAUAUUUGAGAAUUUUCACUUCGGUGAACAGCUGGUGGAAACACUUCAUCUUUCUCAGAGAUAUUCUACUGCGAAGGAUGGUUAUUAUCAAUCCUCGGCCUCCAUAAGUCUGACAGAGUGAAAUAUGCUCACUAAAUUGCUAAAUUGUUCCUGAAUGUUAUUUCUCCUUGAAUGAAUUACACGUUACAAUUAUCUUCCAUUUUUGAUGUUUUUAUUUUUAUAAGUUGACAAUUUGACUGUCAAUGGAAUGAUAUUUGUUAUUAGUUAAGAAUGCUCCUAGCUACACCCCAUACAUUUCAAUACAUGUAAUGCUGCUCUGGCACUAACUUAAGAGAUAUUAAUUAGCAGUUACAGAGGAAGCUCUUUGUGAUGCAAAUUUUCACAAAAUGGAUUAUGAACUUGUGUGUGUAUACUGGUUCUAAUGCUUACAUUGUUGAUGGGAAUAUCUCCACAUGGAAAAUAAAUUAAUGUAUAAAAUAA